AUGGCCAUUGUUGAUCACCCUCGGCGAGUGGCCGAGGAAGCAGCGCCUCCACCCACUGAGUGCCGCUUCAGUGCGAUUGAGCCGCUGACCUGGCUACGUGGCCUUCUACCUACUAGUCUGACUCGAUCCACGAGCCCUCAAACUCGUCCGCUUCCUACCACCACUACAGACCGCCGGCGCGCAUCUAUUAUCGCAGCCUCUCUCGAUCAAGAUGCACACCUCUCAGAGAAGAUCGCAAAGCAACAGGAGACUGGGGUGGAGCUUGCGGGGACAGCUGCGGAGGGGGAGACAGUCCUGUACCUAGCGUAUGGUUCUAACCUGGCUUCCCAGACCUUUCGUGGUAUGCGCGGGAUCAAGCCCCUAUCGCAGAUUCCUGUGCUUGUACCGGAGCUCCGUCUGACCUUCGACCUCCCCGGAAUCCCAUAUGCCGAACCCUGUUUCGCGGGCACACAAUUUCGGGAUCCCAAUGCUGCAUACGAUCGACAGAUCGAGUCUGAAGAUGACGACACGUCUUUGCUCGACGGAGAAUUCAUGCCAGAGAAGGAACUGGUCCUGGUUGAGACGCGGGAAGUCCAACGGUCGGAGGCGAGCAGGAAUCGGUGGCAUAAACCUCUUGUUGGGGUUGUAUAUGAGGUGACGCUAGCCGACUACGCGAAGAUCAUCGCUACCGAAGGAGGCGGUCGUGGGUACCGGGAUAUUGUCAUCGAUUGCUACCCCUUUGAGAAAGACUUCAAGCCCAGCGACCCCGUGCCUAACCACCCUGAAACCAUGCCAUUCAAAGCACACACUCUUCUUUCACCGGCUGCAGAUGACGCCCGGAAAAGGAGCGAGGUAAUCAAGAGCGGCGACUCAUCUGUCGCAAAUACUUCCAGUCCCAGUCUCUCAGUUCUGGGUGACGUUGGGCCGCACAUGCGUCCUGAUCCAGAGUACGCACAGCCCUCUGCCCGCUACCUGAGCCUGCUUGUCAAAGGCGCUGCAGAGCACGAGCUGCCAGUAUCAUACCAGAAUUAUCUCUCUCAAAUUCAUCCAUAUAAGAUCACCACGAUCCGGCAGAACAUCGGGAAGGGGAUCUUCCUUGUUGUAUGGGGACCCCCCGUACUCUCCCUGUUGGCUUUCUCAAAGAAAUUCGCGGGACCUGAUGGACGAAGCCCACCAUGGCUGGUGACCCUGUCGAAUGUAGUGUUUGCGGCGGUGUGGAGCAGCUAUGAUUGCUUCUUCAAGAGGGCGUUUGGCGAUGGUGAGCGGACAUUGGAAGAUACACCGACCAUUUAA